CUGAGUUGUUGACAAGUCCUAGGUUGCGUAUUUCCCUCGCAAGUCCCAAGUGUCACAGGGCUUGUAUUUCUGCUCAUUCCCGAGAUGGGACAGUUGCUAUGUUGCUCCAAUAAAAUGGCAGACGAUGCAGAGGAGCGUCGAGCAGCUUUACAGCGCUGACCCCCUGGCCAUCCUCGACGGUCCACUUCUCUCAGUAAUUUUGCCAUAAGCCUUUAUGACAGAUUCCAGCAGCAGGGUGUUCUUUCCGACCUUGAUGAGUCCAUUGAACUCGAUCGAGCUGCACUGGGGCUCCGCCCCCCUGGCCAUCCUUAUUGAUCAACAUCACUCAACGAUCUUGCCAUCAGCCUUUGAGUCAGAUUCAGGCGGCGGGGCGUCCUGUCUGACCUCGAUGAGGCUAUUGCGCUCGAUCGAGCUGCACUGGAGCUCCGCCCCCCUGGUCAUCCUCGUCGAGACCAGUCUCUCAACAACCUUUCCCUCGGCAUUUAUAAGAGAUUUGAGCAGCACCAUUGAGCUCGAUCGAGCUGCACUGGAGCUCCGCCCCCCUGGCGAUUCUGAUCGAUCGACAUCUCUCAACAGCCUUGCCGUCAGCCUUCGUGACAGAUUCGAGCAGCGGGGCGUCCUAUUUGACCUCGAUGAGGCGAUCGGGCUCCAUCGAGCCGCACUAGAACUCCGUUCCCCUGACCAUCCUCGUCGAGACGAGUCUCUCAACAACCUUGCCAUCAGCCUUGGAAACGGAUUUGGGCAGCGCAGCGUCCUGAAUGACCUUUAUGAGGCCAUUGAGCUCCAUCAGGCUGCACUGGAGCUCCGUCCCCCUGGCCAUUCUGAUCGAGACGAUUCUCUCAACAACCUUGCCGUCAGCCUUGGAGACAGGUACGAGCAGCGGGGGGUCCUGUCUGACCUUGAUAAAGCCAUCGAGCUCCAUCAGGCUGCACUAGAACUCCGUCCCCCUGGCAAUUUGUGUCGAUCCGCGUCUCUCAGCAACCUUGCCAUGAGCCUUGGAGACAGAUUCGAGCAGCGGGGGGUCCUGUCUGACCUUGAUGAGGCCAUCGAGCUCAAUCGAGCUGCACUGGGGCUCUGUCCUCCUGGCCACUCCCUUCGAUCCGCGUCUCUCAACAACCUUUCCAAAACCCUUCAGGCCAGAUUCGAGCAGUUGGGCAUCCUGCCUGACCUUAAUGAGUCCAUUGAGCUCGAUAGAGCCGCACUGGAGCUUCGUCCUCCUGGGCAUUUAGAUCGAUCCGACUCUCUCAAUAACCUUGCUAUCAACCUUGCAUCCAGAUUCAAGCAGCGGGGGGUCCUAUCUGACCUCGAUGAAGCUAUUGAGUUCCAUCGAGCUGCACUGGAGCUCUGUCCCCCAGGCCAUUCUUUUCGAUCCCGUUAUCUUAACAACCUUGCUAUCUGCCUUCAAGAAAGAUUCGAGCAGUUGGGUCUAUCACCUGACUUGGACGAGUCCUUUAGGCUUUAUUUGCAACUAUCUGAAGUAUCCCAUGCAGUCUCUCUUAGUGAUCUUGUGACUGUCAAGUCAUGGGUCACCCAUGCCGAGCGGCUCCAUCAUGGCUCUGCAUUGACCGCCUACCAAACCACAUUAAGCUUCCUCGAUCAGCACGUUGCCGCUCUAUCUUCCUCCUCACGCCAUUUCGACGUGAUCAGGGAGACUACAUCAUCCCUUGCAAUGGAUGUUUUGUCGUACUGUGUUCGUCAUGGUUCUUUCGCGACUGCUGUAGAACUGGUGGAACAAGGUCGUGCAGUAUUCUGGACCCAGCUGGCACGCUUCCGCACACCACUGGAUGAACUUUUCGUGUCAGGUGACACCGGCGCAGCCUUGGCGGCAGAGUUCCAGCAGCUCAGCUUCCGCCUUCGCGCCGUGCUUGAUGUGCCUGCUGAAGACCAGUCCCCACAAAUCCGACAAUUAACUAUGCAAUGGAACGAUGUCAUCUCACGCAUCCGCACGUUACCUAGCUUCUCUCGUUUUCUCCUGCCUCCGCUAUUCCCUGAUCUCCAGAAAGCGGCAGAAGAUGGUCCGGUCAUCAUUGUCAACGCAAGCAAAUACAGCUGUGAUGCCUUGAUUAUCACAAGUGCCCGAGAUCCCAUUCAUGUUCCACUUUAUAUCACACAACUCGAAGUCUCCGAGUUGUCCUCCGAGUUCCAGUCCCUCGCAGAGAGUUUUGGUUCUUCUGAUCAUCAACUUCAAUUAUACGAGAUUAUCAGCAUCCUCCGCAAGCUUUGGGAUGAUGUUGUUGGUCCCGUGGUUCAAGUCCUUAGGGAGUUGAUUCACCCCGGUUCACGCAUCUGGUGGUGUCCCACCGCUGAGUUUACGCUGCUCCCUCUACAUGCAGCGGGGCCCUAUGAGAAGAAGAUCCAGAAUGUGUCUCAGUUUUACAUCUCCUCUUACACCCCAACUUUGGCGACACUGAUUCGGGCGAGACAGCAGCUUUCUCGAGAUGCAUCCAUGCAACGUUUUGUUGCCAUUGGCAAAGCAAACCCGGACAAAGGGAAGGAACUCCGAUGUGUCGCUCCCGAGCUAGCCGUCGCUCAGCGUCUCGCACCUGUCGUGUCAUUCACAUCGCUCGAGGACAGUGAUGCGACGGUGCAGAGAGCAUUCGAUGCAUUAAGACACAAUCAGUGGAUUCACCUGGCUUGCCAUGGAGUGCCAAAUCGAAAACACCCAUUUGAAUCUUCCUUCGCAAUGCGCGACGAGCCUUUAACGAUCAAGGAGAUCAUCCGAUCCCACUGGCAGAACCCGGAGUUUGCAUUCUUAUCGGCGUGCCACACUACCGUGGGCGAUGCGUCCAACCCCGAUGAGGUCAUCCAUCUCGCUGCGACAAUGCAAUUCUCCGGAUUUCGCAGUGUGAUAGGUUCUAUGUGGUCUGUCGACGACGAGGUUGCACGCCAGAUUGCAUCUGCUUUCUAUGACAAUCUGGUUGAUGGUUCAGGGAGAUUGGACUGCAAGCGCGCUGCGGCAGCAUUGCACAAGGCCGUGAAGUCGUUGCGCAAGAAGAUUCCAUUAGAACAGCAGAUCCGGCGAUGGACGAGAAAUGGCAGUAGAGCAGAGGAAGUAAUGUGGUAUUUUAUUGCGCUCAAUUACCCUGCCUUCCAUCACCGGACGUACUUAGCAGAGAUGUGUGGAGUCUAUAAGGGCACGCGAAAACGUAGACAAACGCAGGUGGACGAAGCUCGGGAAAUGCCCGAGCGAAUGCAUGCAGAUAUGACAAUUGUUAAUCUCGAGCAACUCACCAUUAAUAUUGUCAUCCCCGAGAAUCCUCUGGGCUUCCAAACUAUCGCUGUGCAGCAUCUGCUCGCCACCCUUGAACGUCAAACCGCAUGCUCACCUGUCAUUGCAUGUUAUCACUUCGACAUAUGGCGACUGCAGGGUGUACUAAAACAGCUAUCGGCGGCGACGUGUGGGGGUACUGAGAGUGGAACACACGUCUCCUGGAAGCAGUCAAGUAACAGCAAGUACUGGACUGAAUCUAAUAACUGCGGAAAGAACGCUGUCGCGUAA